AAAACAACAAUGAUCAACCUACCAAUUGCACUCGUUGCGCUUGCUGCAUCUACGAACGCACAACGCUACUACAAUAAUGGCUACAAUAACUACGGCAUGAGCAGAGGUGCAAGAAUCGGACUGGGGAUCGGGAUCGCUGUUGCAUUCCUCAUUUUCCUAUGCCUCCUCAUCUCGUGCUGCAUGUCGAUACGUCGCAGGCGCGCUGCAACCCCGGGCCUAGGCAUAGGAGCACCUGCGAUGGGUACUGUCGGUGGUCCGGGAUAUGGGCCUGCCUACGGUCCAGGAAUAGGUGGUGGAAAGAGAUUCGGAUUUGGGCAGGGCCGAUUUGGUCGGGGAGGAAUUGCGAAGCCUGCGAAUACGUAUCAGCCAGCUGUGGGCGCAUAUGCACCUGUAAGUCUUUCCGGGAUUGUGGGAAAACAUUGAUACUGAGACGAGUUCCAGCCCCCGGCUGCCCCACCUACCAACUACGUAUAGAAGCACAUCUUGUAUCCCCACGUUUGAACCGCAUCGUAUGAUAUCAAUCCCGAGUUGUAAAGUUGUUGAUGCCCUUGCAAUCCAGAUUGCGAUCAGGUAUAGAAUUUAUGUCCUGUUGUCACACUCCCGGACGCAGCAUUGUCU